AUGAACUCCGGUUUUACCUUCCCUCCUCAACGUCAGCCAUCAUCAGAUGCGCAAAGUUUGCGGGAACAGCAGCAGAAUGACUUUAACCAUGAUCAUGUUACCGAAACUCCUACCAGUACGAAUAAUAAGAGUUUUGCCUUUCCAAUUAAUAAUCAAAUUCAUGUCCCUUCAGUAGAAUUAGGAUUAGACAGCACCCAAAUGAGUGAUAAUCAUAACCUUAUAAAUCCUUCUGAUAAACAAUCUCCAAUAAAUCAGAAUUUUCAAUUAAAUAAUCCAAAUGUCCCAAUUAUUGAUAUCCCUUCUCCAAUAGAAAUUCCAGAAACAAUACCCAUGAAUAACACGAACUUUAACGUUGCUACUAUAUCUAGUGACAAUCAUACUUAUAAUAAUAUUCAAAAUAAUACUUUUAUUCCUGCAUUUCCAUCUAAAGCAAUGAUGGAUCCAAUUCCAGAACCAACGACAGUGUUAACCGAUGUAAGUAUAAUACAGCAAAAUUUUGAGGUUUCAAAUGGUCCAAUAUCAACACCUACACCAAUUCUGAAGUCCAAUUCACAGGAAAACGCUACAACUCCAACAGAUUCAAUAAACAUUUCAAUAAAUGACAAAUAUGCUUUAAAUUUAAGACAACAAAUGGCAACAGAUUGGAAAAACCCUUCUGAAUAUGCUUUGCAUAUUAUCUUCACUAAGUUUAUUAGAGCUACAGAAAUAAAAUUAAAUCUUUGCAUACAGGGAAUAAGUAAUAACCCAGAUAAGGAACCAUUAAUUGUCAAUUAUCUAGCAAAAGAGAUAGAUCCAAAUUUUGAUAGUAUUAUAGAGUCAUUAGGUCAUAUAGCUAAAAAGAAACCGAAACCCGUAAUCGACGCAAUGAUGUUUUGGAGAAAAACAAAAUCAGAAAUUGCAAAUACAGCUGCUAAAGAUUUGGAGAAUUUCAUAAAAGAAUAUCAAAUAGAGAAGGACAAACAAUCAAAAAUAAUACAACCGAGAAGAUCCCCUCACUCUGAAAACCUUACUCGUUCAAACUCCAAGAAAAAAAUAAUACCAUCAUUAAACGAAUCGUCUCCUUCUUCCACUUCUAUAUUACAUCAACAUAAAAGAAACGUUUCUUCGAAAUCAUCAAUGGGUAGUAAUCGGAAAUCCUUCGAUAAUAACUCAAUGGGUAAUAGUCUUCAUCCUCAAUUUAGAGAAUUAGAAACAUUACUAGCGCAAUAUAAAUUAAAUGCACUACAAGCCGAGAGGAAGUCAUUAAUAAGUAUUUAUAUUCUUUGUAGAGUACUUAUGGAAAUUGUCAUACAAACUCCAGGUAAUUCUGAUCAUGAAUUAAAUGAUAAGUUAGAAGAAAUCGUGUUUACUCAGCUGAAAACAACAAAUCCAUUAUCAAUCUCUUCAAGUGUGAUUAAAUCUACAAAUUGGAAUUCCUUUGCUGAAUUAUUGGGUUAUAUGUCUGAGAAAAAAUUUGUCUCUGUUACGGAUAGAUUUAUAUCAGAUUUAGAAAAAUUACCUAAAAUCAUUUCACCAGAAAAUGAACCACCCAUUCAUUUAUUGAUUCUGGGAAUGCGAUAUAUUAAAUUACAAAAUUAUCCUCUCGAGAAAUUUGAAGAAAGUGCUGAUUUUAUGAAAAGUUUAUCAAAAUUCUUUAAUAUAUCUGAGAAUCUAUCAAUAAGGUUAGCUUAUUCUGAGGUUAUUAAUCAACUAUUACUUCCCUUGGCCGGUACUUUGACAGCUGAGGUAAAUCAUCCAACCUGGGUCGAGGCAAUGACUACUUUAUUACACUGUUCCGCAAAGUUUUUACAAUCAGAACAUAGUAAAUUUUGGGCAGAGGGGUUUAAGUUAACAGUGUCCAUUUUGUGUGCCUCCCCUCCGACUCUUUUCACCAAUCAAUGGAUAAGUCUUAUUCAAUCAAACUCUGAAAAAAUAAAAACAAAAAACAUGACUGAACGUGUAUUUUUUGCAAGAGGCCUCUCAAGACUAAUAUGGGUUUAUCUUUAUAGAUGUACUGAGACUUUAAAUAAUACAACAAAAACACUCACUAGCUUACUACCCUUAUAUUUGAACAAAAAGAAGAAACAAAGUUGGUUAUCCCCUAAUUUAGAAUUAAUUAACCCACUGUGUGAUACUUUAGUUUCAGUGGGAUAUCUUCACCCAAAUUUCCUAAUUGAAAAUGCAAUAAUACCACUAAUUAGGCAAUCCUUUAAUGGUGCUACCUUAGAAAAUAUGAACUGCGAGAAAUUAAUGUUAGCCAUCAAUUCAUAUAAAGGUCUAUUGAUGACAACAGAAAGGCCAGAAUUUCCAGGAAUAGAUAAUAGAGUCUAUGAGUUAAAUUUGAAUAAAACUUUAGCGGAAAAAUUCUAUCAAAAUGAAGCGCUUUCACAAAAUAACGAGGAAGUAUCAUCAUAUUUUUAUAAACUGUUUUUAUUACUGGAUUCCGUUAUUGGGUCAGAAGUCUGGUCACCAGAAAAUCAACAUAAAAAGCAACAAUCGACUCCUUUUGGUUCAUUUGGGUUAAAGAAUUUCUCAAAUGAUAAUGAUUCGAAUAUUAACAAGAACCAUAAUCUUAUGCUUUUUGCAAUUAUAAUUGAAACUAUUCCAUGUUGCCUUUCAAUUUCAGCAAAUAUCCCAUACAAAUCAACAAUUGAAAUAUUGGCUAGAAAUGCUGUCCAUGCGGAUCAUUCGAUUGCAACGAGUUCACAAAAUGCAUUAAAGGCACUUGCCUCCAAGAAAAAUCCAUACACUUUGAUCACAUGGUUUGCUAAGUAUUCUUUUGAUUUCGAUGAGAAAACUCAAUCAAGUUAUAACAUGUCAUACUUGUCUUCAGCUGAAUAUCAUAAACUGUUAACCUUAUAUGUCAAUUUGUUACAGUGUUGGUUGAAUGAGUUCCAAUCUUCUAAUUCAGAGGAAACUAAAAAAACUACAGGUCUAGAUGGUAUUCAAUUAUUACAAGUCGAUUCAGAAUCUGACGCAUCAUCGGAAAGCGAACAACUAGAAUGGAAAAAUAUUGUAACUGUCAUUGAAGAAGUAGAAGGAAAUGGAUUGUUCUUCCUUUGUGCUCACGAUUCUAAUAUCCGUCAACUAGCCAUUAAAAUCUUGAGAAUAAUUUCAAAAUUCGACGAGGCAAUGGCAGAAAAAACCAUUAAUAUUUCUAACGGCCAUUCAAGAUCAUCUUCUUCUCAUUUCGUCGCAGAUCAAGGUACCAGGUUAAUUGAUGUCUUAAACAAUUGCGAUGUCAUGUCCUUAUUUCAACCGUACAUGACUUCUUUAAGUGCCAUCGAAAAAUCAAGGUUAGUCAGAUCAAAUUCUAGAUUUAAAAAGGGCUUAAUUGUUACUUUAGCUGAAUCAAACUUUGGUAUAGAUUCUGCUCUAUGGCAAAGAGUAUUCCCUAGAUUACUUUCAUUGAUUUCUAAAUCUUGUCCAAUCACGAUGGCUCUUUGUCGUUCUAUAGUUUGCAUUCGUUUGGUACAAGUUCAUGAAAUUGUGUUACAUAUCGCAAAUAGCAGUAUUAGUAAUACCACUACCAAUAUUAAUGACGAAUUCCUGAGAUCCAAGAAGAUUCUGCCUGAAACCAUUAUUAAUCAGUGGAAGUCAUAUUUAAUAGCAGCAUGUACAUCGCUCACUUCUACAAGUGACCAAAGGUUACAUAUUCCAACAAAGACUAUGCAACAUGGUCGGAAAAAGAGUCAGCAAAUAUUUACUGUACAACAUCAAAAAAUCAAAUCAGCAAAAUCAAUCUUCAAAAUGGUUUUGCCGUUAUUGAAUUCUAAGCAUAUAAUUAUUCGUGAUGCUAUUAUAGCUGGUCUAAGUUCCAUGAAUAUAAACAUUUAUAAAACGUACAUCGAAAGCAUAGAUCCCUUCCUUAACUGCUGGAAAGAAGAUACUAACACAACAUCAAAUAAGACUAGAGUGGAGAUGUUUCAUGUAUUAACCAUAUUGAGGGAAUUUCUGAGUGACCCAUCAAUUAAUCAAGAUGAAUGGAUUUUGAAGAAGAUCUCUGGCUUCAUUAAACGUGUCAAAGCCUUCUUGGAACAGGAAUCUGUUCAAAUUUCCUACGAAUACCAAGCAUUGAGGAAUUAUUUCCCAGAGCUAUUAAAGAAGUACUAUAAUACAAUAAGGACUCAUUCAUUAUUAGACCAAUUGUUUCCCUUUCAAGCAAGGACAUCUACUUUCAACUAUUUGAAAGAAUGGUGUGGAUAUGGCGAAUAUGCUCAUGUAGCCACUGAAAGAUACAAGAUUAUGAUCCAAAAAUCUGAGUCAAAUAGAGAUAAAACCGCAGUAUCAUCUGGUAUUGAGUUUCAAAGAACGAAACUAGAGAUGUUGGCAUUAGAAACAAUGGUCACAUUAUGCUCUGAUCCAAUUACCAAAAAGAUCGAAGAUAUACCUAACGUACCAAUUGUUCUCUCCUUUGACUCUGCAGCAUUAUUAAGUUGGAUCGAAGCACUAUUUGAUUCCAAUAACGAAACUGUGCGGAAUCUUGGUGUAGAAGCCCUGGAAAACCUUUUAGAUAAAAAUACGAAUAAUGCCAAAUUAUUCAAAGCUGUUAGUUUACAAUGUAUAUCCAGUCAUACACAUCCUUCAGUUUCUGUGUUGUAUUACACGACACUCUGUAAGUCAGUUUUAAAAUUGGAUGACUUAAUUUUAGAAGAAGGUGAGCUUGUUUCGUUAGGUUUAUAUGGGAUAGUUUCUGAUAGAGAAGAAACUAGAAUAUAUGCUGUUGAUUUACUUUCUGCGGUCGAAACAAAAUUGCAUAAUUCCUCAUAUGCGAAGGUUUUCAAAGAAAGGCUAGCUAAUUCAUCUAAGACUGUCUAUAAAUCUACAGCCAAAGAAAUCUCAAGCAUUUUCGCAGAACUACUUUCUCAAGAUUUAUGCCUCAAAAUUUUCUGUAAUCUGACAAGGAUGCUAGAUUUAUUCCCAUUCGAAGCCAAGAGAGAUUUAUUGGUAUUGAUAGUACCAUGGGUCAAUCGUUUUACUUUAAAGUCAAUUGAAGAAUUAGAAACAUUUAUGAUUUUGAAUAAUCUUUUCUAUAUCACCAUUGAGUUAAAUAAUGUGUUACUAGCGGAAAUUGAACAGUUAUGGAUCUCCUUAGGGAAAGGGAACUCUUUCCAAAAUAUUCAUGUAUCGUUGGAAUAUAUCCUUCAAUUGUCAAUACUUCAUGGUAAUCCAAUAUUUGUUCAAUAUGCAAGGGAUGUAGUGUUAUAUCUUUCUAACGUACCAGGAGGUAUUGGUGUAAUGGAUUCACUCUUGAAUAACUUAGAACCAAAGGCUAUGAUUCCAGAUCACAAGAAACGUAUAGUUGAACCAGAUACUACAGAUGAUUCAUUCUUUGUUGCAAAUAUAUGGGAAAGCUUAAAUUAUCAGGGGAAAGCAAUCAUGUUCUCUAAGGCGCAACUUUCAAUUAUUUUCUUAGUUAAUCUGUUGACAAAUCCAACCGAAUCUAUUAAGUCUAAACUUUCUUCUUUAUUACACAUAUCCAUAUGCCUCUUGGAUCAUUAUGUGCCUUUAAUACAAGAAUGUGCAUCCAAAAUCGUUUGUAACUUAAUAUUCGGUCUAGCACCAACACAUGAAAAGUCUGAAGAGGUAGUAGAACUGAUAAGAAACCGAAAUUUACUUUGGUCUUAUGAUAAUUUAUUCAAAGAUAAGAAAGGUGCUCGUUCUCCAAAAUCUAUGGAUUCGUUAAUUAGAAAUCUUAUAGGCAUAUUUUCUGCGAUCCCCGAUUUCCAGACUGAAUGGCAGAAGACUGCUUUGAAAUGGGCUACAACGUGUUCAGUGCGUCAUGUUGCUUGCAGAUCGUUCCAGGUGUUUAGAUCGCUACUUACUUUCUUGGAUCAAAAGAUGUUGAAAGAUAUGCUACAUAGAUUAUCAAAUACAAUAUCCGAUUCUAAUACUGAUAUUCAAGGGUUUGCAAUGCAAAUUCUAAUGACAUUAAAUGCAAUAAUGGCUGAACUUGAUCCUACCUAUUUGAUAAGUUUUCCGCAAUUGUUUUGGUCAAUCAUUGCAUGUUUAAAUAGUAUUCACGAGCAAGAGUUCAUUGAAGUCCUUUCUUGUAUUACAAAGUUCAUAUCAAAAAUUGACCUUGAUUCUCCAGAUACUGUCCAAUGUCUAAUUGCAACGUUUCCAUCAAAUUGGGAAGGAAGAUUUGAUGGACUACAACCAAUUGUUAUGACAGGGUUAAGAUCAUCAAAUUCAUUUGAAAUUACUUUGAAAUUUCUAGAUAAAUUGAACCUAUUGAAAGAUAGCCAAAUAAUCGCCAAUCCUGACUCUAGGCUUUUGUUUGCUCUUAUUUCAAAUCUACCUCGCUUUCUGAAUGCAAUGGACAAGAAAGACUUUAGUAGUAUACAAAACGCCACUGAUUCUUUAAUAUCAUUAUCGAAUAUUAAUAAUCAACCUUCAUUAUCGAGAUUAAUUGAUUCGUUAGCGAAAAACAAAUUUAGAUCUAAAAAAGAUUUUAUGAGUCAAGUUGUAAGCUUUAUUUCAAGAAAUUAUUUCCCAACAUAUGCAGCUCAAACAUUAGUGUUCUUCCUUGGCUUACUUUUAAAUAAAGUAGAUUGGAUCAAAAUUCAAACACUGGCAAUACUAAAAUAUGUGUUCCCACUCGUGGAUUUAACUAGUCCAGAAUUUACUGGAGUCGGAGCGGAUUUGAUUUCUCCAUUAUUGCGUCUACUAUUAACCAAAUUCGACACACAAGCAUUAGAAGUUCUGGAUUGUGUACCAAAUAUAUCAGGAAGUAAAAUGGACAAAGAUGUGUUACGUAUAAGUAUGGGUAAUAAAGAUGUUCAAAGUAGUAGCAUAACCAGCACCACAUUGUUUGGUUUACCGGAAGAGAGUGGAUGGUCAAUCCCGAUGCCUACAAUGACAGCUGCGACUACGAGACAUAAUGUCCAUUCUGUCUUUAUGACUUGUACCAAUGCAACGACUGAUGAUGAAUUGGCUGAAGAGCCAAUAAUCAUGGAUGAUGUUGUAGAAUUUCAUGCUGAUGGGGAUUACGGCUUGGGCAGAAUUGAUACUAUAGAUUCAGUUUCGGUAGCAGAAGAGAAGGAUGCUUCUUUGAGCCACAUGUGGGCCGAAUUAGACAACCUUGAUAGUUUUUUCACAAAAGAUUCACCUUUGAAUAUUACUGGCAGUAUUAUAAAUAUUGAUAGACGCUGA